CAAGACUGGAGACUGUGUGUGUGAGUGGGCUCUGUGGAGACUGGUAGAAGGACUAAAGGGUGAAGCAAGUGUUCUGGACCUGUGUUAUACUGGUAACAGUGGGAGGACUGGGAGAGACCUGCGUCUGGACCUGUGUUAUACUGGUAACCGUGGAAGGACUGGGAGAGACAAACUCUCUCAGUACCUGAUGAUCUGAGUCCCGAGGAGAGACAGGAGUUGGAGAGCAUCCGCCGUAGGAAACUAGAACUACUGCAGGACAUACAGCCUAGUACUGCACUUCCCCCAUACCCAGCAUUUACCCUCUGAUCUGGAAGAACCAGGACAGCGGAGUCAAUCACCACCUUCUGGAGACACCUGAAACCCCACCUCUUUAAGGAAUACCUAGGAUAGAGGCUGAAGGGUGAGAUAGCAGAGGUGACAAAUGAAAUUGACAACCUAGGCAUAACCGACGAAAGGAAAAGCAUGCAGAGAAACAAGCAGGUGUCCAUGGGGUGCAAGAAGUUCAACAUGGACCCAAAGAAGGGGAUCCGGUUUUUGAUUGACAGCGGUCUGCUGAAGAACACCAGUGAUGACAUCGCCCAGUUCCUCUAUAAAGGGGAGGGGCUAAACAAGACCGCCAUCGGAGACUAUCUGGGGGAGAGAGAGGAUUUCAAUCUUGAGGUUCUACAAGCCUUUGUGGAGCUGCAUGAGUUUACUGACCUUAACCUGGUCCAGGCCCUCAGGCAGUUCCUGUGGAGUUUCCGGUUGCCAGGUGAAGCCCAGAAGAUUGAUCGCAUGAUGGAGGCGUUUGCCCAGAGAUACUGUCACUGUAACCCUGGCGUCUUCCAGCACAGCGAUACGUGUUAUGUGUUGUCGUUUGCUGUGAUCAUGCUGAACACCAGUCUCCAUAACCCCAAUGUGAAGGACAAACCCUCCCACCAGAGAUUCACCACCAUGAACAGAGGAAUCAACGAUGGCGGAGACUUACCUGAGGAUCUACUCAAGAACCUGUAUGAGAGUAUAAAGAACGAACCCUUUAAGAUCCCAGAGGAUGAUGGGAACGACCUCACACACACUUUCUUCAACCCCGAUCGGGAGGGCUGGCUACUCAAACUAGGAGGAGGACGUGUGAAGACGUGGAAGAGACGAUGGUUCAUCCUCACAGACAACUGCCUGUACUACUUUGAGUACACUACUGAUAAGGAGCCUAGGGGUAUCAUUCCUCUGGAGAAUCUUAGUAUUAGAGAGGUGGACGACUCUAAGAAACCAAACUGUUUUGAGCUGUUCAUCCCGGACCGCAGGGAUCAGGUGAUCAAGGCGUGUAAGACCGAGGCGGACGGACGCGUUGUCGAGGGCAACCACACCUUCUAUCGAAUCUCUGCCCCCACAGCUGAGGAGAAGGAAGAAUGGAUCACCAGCAUCAAAAAAGCCAUCAGCAGGGACCCCUUCUAUGAGAUGGUGGCAGCCCGGAAGAAGAAGGUGUCGGCUCUGACUAGCCCAUAGAAAGGCCCAGGCUCCAGCACUUCAGCAGGAGCAGCAGACCUCACUCUACUCUAUAGCCCAGUGUCUAUGGACCUGAACUAAAGGAAUUACUAAAGGAACUAUAGAAUUAUGUACAUAAGAAAGCAGAAUGUCCCCACAAUCUGAAAGGUGGAAGCUGUCAUCAUAUUGAUUACAUGUUGCAUUCUUCAGAUACACAAACACUGGAGGGGAAGGAUUUUGAAGGGGCACGGGUUUAGGAUGGAGAUCAGGAUGCAGAGAGGAUUGGACCACCUUCAGCGCCCUCUACAGGAAGUUACAUCAUGCAAUAUUUUGCUUUGAUAUAAAAUGAACAGAGAAAGGUGCCAUUAACCUCUUUUUACAUAAACCUCUUCUCAUAGUGCUGUCAUUACUACAGAGCAUCAUCUCUUUCUGAAUGGUUCCCAUAACAAACCACCACUGUUUCCUCUCUCGCUCUCUCCUUCUCCCCUUCCGGGUCGAGAUGAUACUUUGUUGUUUUGUUAAAUGUUUCCGGGACAUUGGCCUGUGUCAGUGAUCCGGGGGGUGAGAUAUGGGAGCUGAGUCUGCACAAUAGUUUUUUAAAAAUACAGUCGGCCGAAAGCCUUGUUAUGCCAUCACUGUGUUAGUUCUGCUUUUAAUUUAGUUUCUUGUUUUGAUACCUCUGUUACUACAACUGCACAGUCAUGUGGAAGGAGGUGGUAUGGAGGGAGGGGAGAAAGAAAUCAAGAAGGGGAGAGGGAAACAAAGGAUCGUAAUAUAUCACUACUCAGGUUGAAAUAUUCUGUCUCUUAUUCUGAUAUUGUGAUGAGUACUUUUGCAGAAGCAGUAAGUUUGCAGAGAAGGAUCAUUUUUAUAAAGACUUCACAGUGUUAUUAUACAGUUGUAUGCUGUCUGUUACAAAUGUGUUGUCUUUCUUAUAAGAUGCAUUUCUGUCAUCAAUGAACCCUUUGGAGGGCUGUGUUCUUGUUUUUCAUUGACAGAUAAGUUAAUCAGUCAUUUUUGUUCACAAUGCACUGUUUAUGAAAUGUAAAUCAAGCUUGAAUUAUUUGUUUGUUUGUUUAUCAAUAAUACAUAUAAUUUAUUGUA